ACCAUCCUUGUUUUCUCCCCUUUUCUCUCCUUAUUGUCUUGCUUCCAAUCUAAGGCUUCAAGAGAGAUUCAGGGGGUGAGCGAGUUUUCCUCUACACCGCUCGUCCGUACCGUAAUGGGGUUCACUUCGUUCUUGGGCAGAGUUAUCUUCGCUUCCGUCUUCAUCCUCUCUGCUUGGCAAGAGUUUAAUGAAUUUGGGGUUGAUGGAGGGCCUGCAGCAAAGGCUCUUAGACCAAAGUACAAUGUUUUUACGGAUCAUGUUUCCUCUCAUCUUGGGGUGCAAGUUCCGCAAAUUGAACUUAAACAUGUAGUAGCUACAACUAUUGCUCUGAAGGGGCUUGGAGGCAUUCUUUUCAUCUUUGGCAGUUCCUUUGGAGCUUAUCUUCUGCUUCUGCAUCAGUUGCUUGCAACUCCUAUUUUGUAUGAUUUCUACAACUAUGAUACUGACAAGAAAGAAUUUGGUAUACUUUUUGCCAAGUUUACACAGAGUUUGGCUCUUCUUGGGGCAUUGCUCUUUUUCCUAGGUAUGAAGAAUUCCGUCCCAAAGAGGCUGGCCAAGAAGAAGGCUCCAAAAACAAAAACGGGUUAAAAACCGGAGAGGAACUGAGUAUCAAGUGGAGGGUACUUCAUAUUGAUGCAAGAAAUUUGUUGGGCUUUAGUUCUUGGUCUUUUGGCACACGAUUAUGUUUGUCAGCAAAGAUCUACCUGGUGGCAUUGCUGGGGUUCUCUGCUUCUGUAUUUUUGUAUCAGACCAUUUUUUUAUAGUAUUUUUUCUUCUCUCGCUCCGUGGAGGGGGUUAAUUUUGCUGCUUAUAGGCACUUUAUGAACCCCCUUAAAAAAUUAAGGUUUAGACUGAUUUUUCUUAUUUAUAUGUAGUCAAGUUUCUUUUUGUUUGUUACA